UAGUAGUCUCGACUCUCGCUGUGCGACCAACGUAAUCAAUUUGGGCACCAGGCGUGUACGUAUAGCUUCUACCUUAUUGUUUACAAUUAGUCUAGUUAACUACUCCACGACAUGCCUUGUUGGAUUAAUUGUAGUAAAACUAGAUGGUGUAGCUCAUUUUAAAGGAUGAUACAUUUAUUCAGGUAUGUCCACUAAAUAUUGGUUAUUGAAAUUUGUAGCUUACUAGCUUUGCGGUAGCUAGCUAGCUAAUCGUUUCUGCUGUUGGUUCUACAAAAGGUUUCUAUCUAACCCUGCAAUGAUUGGCAUUGCUUUUGGCUAGCUAAAUAAACAAUAUUACUUUCAUUAUAAAACAUUUUUUUUUACAUUUACAGAUUUCUGGAAGAUAGGAAACGUCCAGUGUUUGUGUAGACAAGGUGAAGAUUGAGGACGAGAUGGAAGAUGGUACACCUGUAGGACUAUCUGUGGGAAUUGCAGACGCUGACAAUGCUCCCUCAAGCUCAUCAGGAGCAUCAACAAGAAAGAGGAAGUCUGAUGUGCUCAGAAAUGCUAAGCCCAAGAAGAAAACGAAGCCCAAAGUCAGCCGCCCCCCAAGGCUUGGCUACACUGUUGAACAGGGAGAGGAUAUGCUUCUGAUCAUAUCGAAUACAAAUCAGUAUGAUAACAUAUGGCGGCCGAACGCGAAAAGAAGAAAGAAAAAGAAAAUCCUUAAAGGAAAAGCCAAAGUCACUCAGGCAAAGAAGAAGAAUACAGUUUUUCCAAAGGGUAAAGCCACAAAGAAGCCACUGAUCAAGAGAGGUGAACUGGAGCGCACACUGCAACACCACCAAGAGGAGGGCUUUGACAGCUGGGGUCAGAGUUUACCAGUGGAAGUGUUAGUUAAUAUUUUCAAGAUGGUAGUUCACCAAGAUGGUGCAGUACCAUUCCUGUGCAGGUAAUGCAAUGUUUAAUGUAGCCUGCCCUUCUCAUGUUUCAUUUAAUCGGUGCCUCUGUCUCAUUUCUCAUAAAUUGGAGAUUCUAGACAUAAAACUUAGAUUAAAUAAACAAUCCUGCUCAAUACAAGCUGCAAUCAACAUAGAAACUAUCUGACCUAUCUGAGCUAACUGAUAUUUAAACAUGUUAUUUUAUUUUCUGUUCACUGUUUUAGGGUGGCUAGGGUGUGCCACCUAUGGAAUGUUGCUGCAGCCAGUCCUGCUCUGUGGCGCAGUGUGUCCGUGGGUUACUGCUGGUUGGAACCUGGUAAAACCCACUUACCUAAAACAGAACUGAAGAUCAGGAACACUGUAAGCUGGCUUGCACAGAACAGGUCAGUACUAUUUGGGAAAAUUGCAAACAGAAUAACAUAGUUUCAGACACUGUGGGGAACUCUGUAUGUAGGCCUACUAAGUAAAAUGUGGAUCGUUUAGGCUAGUUCUGGGGUUUCAUGGACACUGAUUAAGCCUAGUCAUGGAACUAAAAAGCACUUUCAGUCCAGAGCAUAAUUUGUGUCCAUGAAACAGACUGACCCAUAGAGUAAAUAUAUUCUAAGCCCUAACAACAAUUUAGUAAUGUGAAAAAGGAACAUUAACUGACUUAACUAUGCCUGUAUAAAUAAGUAAUAAUGGUACAUUUCUCUUAUUUUGUUUUGAAGAUUCUCCCAACUAAGAGACUUUUCUCUUAAUCACUGGAAAAAUAAUGUUGACCAUGUUGUGGAGGUAAAUUCUAAUAUACAUAAUACAAAUGUAAUGUUAGUGUUUGUUUUGCCCUUUAAUGCCACAAUGAGGCUAAUGUUUGUGUUCCCUCAUACCUGUUCAAAAAACAUGUAUUGGAUCCAUGCACCUUACUAAUGUAGACUAAGUGUAAGGAAUAGUUUGACAUAGAAAGGAAAGCUAUCACUGUUAAUUUUUUGAUAAACUUCAUACCAUGAAAGUCAGUAUGACAUUAGCAGAAGUUAUUAUUUCCUGUUGAAGUCUGAUUGUGUUUCAGGUUUUCUUUAUUGAUUAACAUCCCACUGUUUACCUAACAGGUUGUGUCCCAGUCCUGCCCCCAACUCCGAUCACUCAAGCUGUCAUACUGUACAGGCGUGACUGAGAAGGCCUUUCAGAGCCUCAGUGGCAGCUGUCGGUCACUGGAUAGCAUUAAUGUCCAGUACUCUGAGGUAGGCCAAAGAGCAUGUCAAUGGACAUAAUGAUGGUUCACUCACACUAUAGCACACAAAGGUCAAAAUACUGCACCAUAGUAGGCCAGAGACGGUGCCUUCCGAAAGUAUUCACGCCCCUUGACUUUUUCCACAUUUUGUUGUUUUACAGCAGGGGUUCCCAAACGUUUUUGGCCCGCGACCCCAUUUUGAUAUAAAAUAAAUGGGAACCCCACCAUGUAAAAUAUAUACAAGUGAUGUAAUACCUUUCUGAUUUCAGUCACUUCAAACCUAACUUCCUUCAGAUAGUUUUUUUUUUUCUCAAUUGGGGCUAUGACUGUAUUACAAAUCAGUCUAACGGUACUUUUGAAAGUAUUUACAUCUGAAGGUAGUGUAGUUUGAAGUGACUUGAAUCAGAAUCGGAAAGGUAUUGGGAAGUUCAGAAAAUUAUCAGGAAAUGUUGUAUGAUCUUCUGUGUAGAAAAGAACAGAUGUUCUUUCCCCCCCCAGUCUGAUUUAGUGACUGGUCUUGUCCACUCUGUUCUAAUGAGUCCUGCGCGGCUUGUGGGUAUUGUAGAGGGAACAUCACACAUGCAUUUUCCUGAGAGUCCUAUCUUUCAGUGAUAUGGUCAUAAUAUUUUUUUAGCUUAAAACCGUUCAAAGGAUAGAGCCGCAUUUGUAGGAAGAAAACAGAAACCACUCUGUUUAUUACAACCACGUCUAGCGGCUACUUGAGGUUACUAACGUAACCCCGGUUCUAUGAACCAAGCAUGUUUGUUUGGGGGGCGAGUUUCUCUCGCGACCCCUAGUUUGGGAAACGCUGUGUUACAGCCUGAAUUUAAAAUAGAUUACGUUUAGAUAUUGUGUCAUUGGCCUACACACAAUACUGGGUGAGAGAAAAAAAUCAAUUUAAUUCCAUUUUGAAUUCAGGCUGUAACACAACAAAAGGUGGAAUAAGUCAAGGGGUAUGAAUACUUUCAGAAGGUACUGUACAUGACAGUGGAGUGAGCUUAUUAUAUACACUGCUGCCUAUUGAUUGUAUCACUUUUCAUUAGACAUACCAUCUUCAAAGUAGAUAUAACUUCUUUGUGCAAUAUUAAAUGCCUAAAAUUCUAUACUUCCUCUUGUUGCUGUAGUUUCAGGUUGAAGGGCUUGUCACCUUCUUGGAAUCCUAUGGCAUUCAAAUUAGACAGAUUUUGUUCACCCAUGGGCCCAGGAAUGACCGGCUUCUCACUGCUAUCUCUGUAAGUGCUAUUUUAAUUCUUACAGUAUUUCAGAUUACUUCCGUAUAAUUGAGACUUCAGAAAGUGUUUGUACCCCUUAGCUUUUUCCACAUUUUGUGUUAAAGCCUGAAUUUAAAAUGGAUUAAAUUGAGAUGUUGUGUCUCUGGCCUACACACUAUACUCCAUAAUGUCAAAGUGGAAUUAUGUUUUUAGAAAUUGACAAAUUAAUAGAAAAUGAAAAGCUGAAAUGUCUUCAGUCAUUAAGUAUUCAACCACUUUGUUAUGGCAUGCCUAAAUAAGUUCAGGAGUAAAAAUGUGCUUAAUAAGUUGCAUGGACUCACUUUGUGUGCACUAAUAGUGUUUAACAUAAAAGAAAUUUUAAGGACUACGUCAUCUCUGUACCCCACACAGACAAUUAUCUGUAAGGUCCCUCAGUCGAGCAGUUAAUUUCAAACAGAGAUUCAACCACAAAGACCAGGGAAGUUUUCCAAUGCCUGGCAAAUAAGGGCACCUAUUGGUAGAUGGGUAAAAAAAUUAAAAAUAAUGCUGCCAAGGCAGCAGCUACUCUUCCUGGAGUCCAGCAAAAUUAAGGCAGUUAUACAUUAAAAAAAACGAACUAAAAAAAACAUUACAAUACAUUCACAACAGAUUUCACAACAUAUUAUGUGUGUGCCCUCAGGCCCCUACUCUACUACCACAUAUCUACAACACAAAAUCCAUGUGUACGUGUGUAUAUAGUCUGUAUGUUAUCGUGUGUUUGUAUGCAUGUGUCUGUGCCUAUGUUUGUGUUGCUUCACAGUCCCCGCUGUUCCAUAAGGUGUAUUUUUAUGUUUUUUUAAACCACAUUUUACUGCUUGCAUGAGUUACUUGAUGUGGAAUAGAGUUCCAUGUAGUCAUGGCUCUAUGUAGUACUCUGCGCCUCCCAUAGUCUGUGCUGGACUUGGGGACUGUGAAGAGACCUCUGGUGGCAUGUCUUGUGGGGUAUGCAUGGGUGUCCAAGCUGUGUGCCAGUAGUUCAAACAGACAGCUCGGUGCAUUCAACAUGUCAAUACCUCUCACCGUCAGGGAUGCAAACUAGUCACCUUUCGGCGAAAUUUGCCGUUUUGAAUCCAAAAUAGGUAACCUAGGUGAUUUGUGUAGAUCCGAUGAUACAUUUUUUUUGAUGGGGUGGGGGCAGGUCACUACUGGCUGUAAGCGAUCGAGUGAUGCACGUUUGGGGCAAUAUUGGCUGUAUCCAAGGCUCAGCCAAUCGUUCACAUAACUGCAGAAUGCAGCACACGACUGAAGAGAGACAACCAACAUGCUAGUUACAGCAUCAGCACGCUCUCUAGAAAGACAGCGGAUAGUGGAAAGGCAGUUUGCCAGUUACAGCAGCAGCGCGGCCCCUGAACAACAACGAAGAGGUACAGUUGAAGUCGGAAGUUUACAUACACCUUAGCCAAAUACAUUUAAACUCAGUUUUUCACAAUUCCUGACAUUUAAUCCUAGUAACAAUUUCCUGUUUUAGGUCAGUUAGGCUCAACACUUUAUUUUAAGAAUGUGAAAUGUCAAAAUAAUAGUAGAGAGAAUGAUUUAUUUCAGUUUUUAUUUCUUUCAUCACAUUCCCAGUGGGUCAGAAGUUUACAUACACUCAAUUAGUAUUUGGUAGCAUUGCCUUUAAAUUGUUUAACUUGGGUCAAAGGUUUCGGGUAGCCUUCCACAAGCUUCCCACAAUAAGUUGGGUGAAUUUUGGCCCAUCCCCCCUGACAGAGCUGGUGUAACUGAGUCAGGUUUGUAGGCCUCCUUGCUCGCACACACUUUUUCAGUUCUUCCCACACAUUUUCUAUAGGAUUGAGGUCAGGUCUUUGUGAUGGCCACUCCAAUACCUUGACUUUGUUGUCCUUAAGCCAUUUUGCCACAACUUUGGAAGUAUGCUUGGGGUCAUUGUACAUUUGGAAGACCCAUUUGUGACCAAGCUUUAACUUCCUGACUGAUGUCUUGAGAUGUUGCUUCAAUAUAUCCACAAAAUUUGGAUGGUGUUCUUCGGCUUGCAAGCAUACCCCUUUUUCCUCCAAACAUAACGAUGGUCAUUAUGGCCAAACAGUUCUAUUUCUGUUUCAUCAGACCAGAGGACAUUUCUCCAAAAAGUACAAUCUUUGUCCCCAUGUGCAGUUGCAAACCGUAGUCUGGCUUUUUUAUGGCGGUUUUGGAGCAGUGGCUUCUUCCUUGCUGAGCGUCCUUUCAGGUUAUGUCGAUAUAGGACUCGUUUUACUGUGGAUAUAGAUACUUUUGUACCUGUUUCCUCCAGCAUCUUCACAAGGUAUUUUGCUGUUCUGUGAUUGAUUUGCACUUUUCGCACCAAAGUACGUUCAUCUCUAGGAGACAGAAUUCGUCUCCUUCCUGAGCGGUAUGACGGCUGCGUGGUCCCAUGGUGUUUAUACUUGCAUACUAUUGUUUGUACAGAUGAACGUGGUACCGUCAGGUGUUUGGAAAUUGCUCCCAAGGAUGAACCAGACUUGUGGAGGUCUGCAAUGUUUUUUCUGAUGUCUUGGUUGAUUUAUUUUGAUUUUCCCAUGAUGUCAAGCAAAGAGGCACUGAGUUUGAAGGUAGGCCUUGAAAUACAUCCACAGGUACACCUCCAAUUGACUCAAACAAUGUCAAUUAGCCUAUCAGAAGCUUCUAAAGCCAUGACAUCAUUUCCUGGAAUUUUCCAAGCUGUUUAAAGGCACAGUCAACUUAGUGCAUGUAAACUUCUGACCCACCGGAAUUGUGAUACAGUGAAUUAUAAGUUAAAUAAUCUGUCUGUAAACAAUUGUUGGAAAAAUUACUUGUCAUGCACAAAGUAGAUGUCCUAACCGUCUUGCCCAAACUAUGGUUUGUUAACAAGGAAUUUGUGGAGUGGUUGAAAAACAAGGUUUAAUGACUCCAACCUAAGUGUAUGUAAACUUCCGACUUCAACUGUAGGUGAGAAGCCUGGGGACGGAGGUGAGAAGUUGAUGAAGCGUACUACAUGAGCUGUAACCGAAAAACAACUGGCAUUUGGAAAGUUUGAGGUGAGGGAGCAAGUGUGGUGGAACAAGAAUUGUUAGCAUUGUUAAGUAUCCUGCUAGUUGGAUUGAAUUAUCCAUUAGCUAGGUACCUAGCUAACGAACUAACUACUAUCUAUGAACUAAUGUUUUCCCUCUACAGUACGUGGUUCAUUUUCAGAAUGAGAGAAUUAGGCGAAAAUGAGGCGUUGCUUGUUAAACAAGUGGAUUCAGGGAUGAAGUGUAGCUGGAGCUAGGCCUGGUUUAAGCUGGAUGCCACUUUAGAGGUGAAAGGAACACCACACACUUUACCUCUUUCUCACUUUUUGAAUACAGUGGAUAAAAAGGGGUAUGCCAGGUGUACUCUCUGCCUGAAAGAGAUAAAUUAUGCCAACAAAGGGUCUCAUGUAGAACAGAUGUCCACAGGCAGAAAGUGUACAAUGUAAUAACGUGCAGUGUAGCCCAAAGCUAUUGCUUUUGUUGUGUUGAACUUUACAUACAGUUGUGUGUGAGUGAGGGGGGAUUCUUUUAGUUUUUACUGAGUGAACGUUAUUUUUGCACACAUAUAGCCUUGUGCACUUGAUCCAUGUCUUCUAUAGUGGCCACUAUAAUCAUAGCCACUAUAAUAGAGAAAAAAUAGAAGGCCAGUUUGUUUAAUUGUAUUUCUAUUUUAAGAUGUUUUUUUCCCAAGUGCAAUAUUUAGAUGUGUGUGGUCACAAGCGUUAUAUUAUAAAGCCUGUCAUGGCUAACUGCAAUAUUAAUGUAUUGUUUUUUCUCUGGACUUGAGUGUUGUUUGCAGUAAAGUCUAGGCAACAAAUUGGAUUACUUUCCUUACAUUUAUUAGCUGUGUGUUAGGUUCACAUUAACCACUUUUUAUUUUACACACCGACUGAUCAUGUAGAUCAUAUUCUUUGUUGUUUAAUUAGUUAAAACCUGCAUUUCAAGAAGGGAUCCAGCCUAAGUAACUAUAAAUUAGCAUUUUAAAGCUGAUAUUUAUUUAAAUACAUUUUUUAUCCCCCCUAGCAAGGAUUUUUUUUGCGUGUUUCAGUGCAAAAGAAAGUGUCACCUUUUCACAAUGAGGCCAAUGGUGACUUUAAAACAGUUAGUGUUUAAUGGCUGUGAUAGGAGAAAACGGAGGAUGGAUCAACAACGUUUUAGUUACUCCACAAUGCUAACCUAAAUGACAGAGUGAAAAGAAGGAAGCCUGAAUAAAAAAACAUUCCAAAACGUGUCCUGUUUGCAAUAAGGCACUAAAGUAAAACUGCAAAAAGUGGCAAAUAAAUUAACUUUAUGUACUGAAUCCAACACAACACAUCACGGAGUACCACUCUUUAUAUUUUCAAGCAAGUUGGGGGCUGCAUCAUGUUAUGGGUAUGCUUGUCCAUUGGCAAGGACUAGGGAGUUUUUUUUAGGAUAAAAGUAAACGGAAUAGAGCUAAGCACAGGCAAAAUCCUAAAACACGAGGCCAAAUAUACACUGAGUGUACAAAACAUUAUGAACACCUGCUCUUUAAAUGACAUUCACAGACCAGGUGAAAGCUAUGGUCCCUUAUUGAUGUCCCUUGUUACAGUGCAUUCGGAAAGUAUUCAGACCCCUUCACUUUUUCAACAUUUUGUUAUGUUACAGCCUUAUUCUAAAAUGGAUUAAAUAAAUAAAAAUCUUCCAUCUACACACAAUACCCCAUAAUGACGAAGCAAAAACAGGUUUGUAGAAAUGAUAGCCAAAAAAAAGACAAAUGAAAUACCUUAUUUAUAGAAGUAUUCAGACCCUUUGCUAUGAGACUCGAAAUAGAGCUCAGGUGCAUCCUGUUUCAAUUGAUCAUCCAUGAUGUUUCUACAACUUGAUUGGAGUCCACUUGUGGUAAAUUCAAUUGAUUGGACAUGAUUUGGAAAGGCACACACCUGUCUAUAUAAGGUCCCACAGUUGACAGUGCAUGUCAGAGCAAAAACCAAGCCAUGAGGUCGAAGGAAUUGUCCGUACAGCUCCGAGACAGGAUUGUGUCGAGGCACAGAUCUGGGGAAGGGUACCAAAAAGCAGCAUUGAAUGUCCCCAAGAACACAGUGGCCUCCAUCUUUCUUAAAUGGAAGAAGUUUGGAACCACCAAGACUCUUCCUAGAGCUGAUCGCCCGGCCAAACUGAGCAAUCGGGGGAGAAGGGCCUUGGUCAGGAAGGUGACCAAGAACCCGAUGGUCACUCUGACAGAGCUCCAGAGUUCCUCUGUGGAGAUGGGAGAACCUUCCAGAAGGACAACCAUCUCUGCAGCACUCCACCAAUCAGGCCUUUAUGGUAGAGUGGCCAGACGGAAGCCACUCCUCAGUAAAAGGCACAUGACAGCCUGCUUGUAGUGCAAUCUUUCAAAUCCACACACCGCCAUCUCACGACUGAAAUAUUUAGCCUGAAUGCCAAGCGUCACGUCUGGAGGAAACCAGGCACCGCUCAUCACCGGGCCAAACCAUCCCUAUGGUGAAACAUGGUUGUGGCAGCAUAAUUCUGUGGGGAUGUUUUUCAGUGGCAGGGACUGGGAGACUAGACAGGAUUGAGGGAAAGAUGAACAGAGCAAAGUACCGAGAGAUCCUUGAUUAAAACCUGCUCCAGAACAAUUUCAUGCAUUUUAGAUUAAGGCUGUAAUGUAACAAAAUGUGGAAAAAGUGAAGGGGUCUGAAUACUUUCCGAAUGUACUGUAAAUCGCCUUCUUGAGGCACAGAUUGCAACUGGUGGAAUCAUCGAUCCAGUGUACAGUCAUAGAGUGCCUUUAGAGGUGGCAUACCAUAGAGGAUACUUUUAGGAAAUUGACUCAAUAUUAGGAAAGUGUUCUUCAUAUUCUGUACACUCAGUGUACACUGGAGUUGCUUACCAAGACGAUAUUUAAUUUUCCUGAGUGGCCUAGUUACAGUUUUGACUUAAAUCGGCUUGAAAAUCUAUGGCAAGACUGAAAUGGCUUUCUAGCAAUAAUCAACAACCAACUUGUACACUCCAAGUGUGCAAAGCUCUUAGAGACUUACCCAGAAAGACUCAGCUAUAAUCACUGCCAAAGGUGAUUCUACCAUGUAUUACACUCAGGGGGGGGAUUAAUACUUAUGUAAUCAAGAUAUAUUAGUGUUUUAUUUCUCAUUCAUUCUUUACAAAUGUUAGAAGUUUUCUUCCACUUGUACAGAGUAUUUUGUGUAGAUCGUUGACAAAAAAAUGACAAAUCCAUUUUAACCCCACCUUGUAACACAACAAAAGGUGGUAAAAGUCAAGGGGUGUGAAUACUUUCUGAAGGCACUGUAUUUAAAUUAUCGCUGCCCUCAAUUAAUAUUAAAAUAUAUGUCCCAUACUGUAUGUUGUUUUACUAGAGAGGAUGCUGCCCAGAGUUGCAAUUGCUGGAAAUCAACACAAAGCUGGACAGUGGAAAUUGCCAUCUUCCAAUCUGCAUUCAAGCUUUGCAAAAUGGCUGUCCUAAACUGCAGGUAUUUAAUCUUUAUGCAGUUGCUUAUUAUAAUGACAUUUUUUUUAUUUUAGUCAUUUAGCAGACUCUUAUCCAGAGCGACUUAGAGCAUUAAUCUUAAAAUAGCAAGAUGGGACAACCGCAUAGUAAGUAUACUUUUCCUCAAAUUAGCUAUCAGCAAAGUCAGAGCUAGAAGGGGGAGGUUAUCUUAUUGAAAUGGCUUUUUUGUUUUGUGAGGGAACAAACGCAUUGCUGACCUUGAUUUAUUUUCUCUUGUGGCUCAGACUUUCCGGAUGCUGAAUGUCAUUCCGAUGCCUAAAAUGACUCGUAAUGGGUCGGGUUCCACAUCUGGCUUCCCUUUACUGGAGGAGCUGUGUAUGGCCACCACAGCUGUUUCCUUCAUGACUGACCAAGACUUGGCAAAGAUUGUCUACGACUCCCCUAAACUGCGUGUGCUGGACCUGAGAGGUUGUUCCCGGAUCACAGCAGCCGGGCUCUCUUCUCUACCAUGUGACGGUACAGUAUAUCCAGACAUACCCAUCCAUUGUUGAUGCUAUGGAUGGCCUUUUAAACAAACAAUAAAAUGCUCUAUUUGGCCAAGUCUGUUGCUACCCUCUUGGUCAGUUAUCAAUGAUUACAUUGGUUCAUGUCUACAAUGUAAACUCAUAUGCUUCAAAUAUCAAUGAUUACAUAUGUUCAUGAUUACAUUGAUUACAUUACAUGCUACUAUACUCUGUGCUGUGUUUUUUAUUAGAGCUUGAGUGUCUGUACUGGGGACUGUACUUUAGCAGCAAUGUCACAGUAUCGUUGUCCAAGAAGGGAAUUCACCUGCUGACCCAGAAAUGGAGUGGCACCUUGCAGGAGCUAGACCUUGCCAACCAGCUCUUCUCUGAAGAGGACAUGGAGAUUGCCUUGGGCCAUCUAGCUCAGGGAACCGGAGCAGACCCCAUACGUUCGCUCAAUCUUAGUGGGACCAAGGUCACAACACCUGCCCUCCGGUAGGCAACACAUUGGUCUUCUUUUCAACAUAAAACUCACUGUGAAAUGGAAUAGCCAAUACAUGUAUUGUUUGCACAAUACCGUAUUGGUCCGAAUAUAAGACGGCCUUUUUUCCCCUCGAAAUAGGUCCAAAAAAGUCGGGUCGUCUUAUAUUCGGGGUCUAGUAUUCAGAGCGCAGUUUCUCUUCUUCGGCGCUCCCUUUAAAUGUCAAUACACAUUCGCGGGCACAGAUGGCGCCAAAAAUUCGUUCCGGACGGAGGGAAGAGGCGUCCUUAACAACCAGCCCGUUACCGGUGUUUAAAGAUGGAAAGACAGGCUGACCAUUUAGAGACAAGUGGCUCAAAAGUGGGCCAGGUCAAUAAACAACAGCGGAGGAGCUAUGAUGCCAAUUUCAAAAUAAUGGUUGUCAAUAAGGCAGAGUCAUCUAACAACUGCCAAGCUGCCAAGACAUUCGGGGUCACUGAGUGUAAUGUAAGAAGAUGGCGAGCAGAAAAACAACGUCUAAAAGAUGCUAACAGUCAGCGAAAAUCCUUCCGUGGUCCUCAAAGUGGUCGUUUCAUUGAGGUUGACCGGAGGGUUUUUGAAUAUGUCAGGGAAAAAAGAAGUGAGGGAAUGCCCAUUACCAGAGCUGUCAUCCAGGUUAAGGCCCUGGAAAUCGCCAGAGAGCUCAAAUGCGUAUCUGACUGAGCCCGUGAAAAGUCAGGUGCGAGCAAUGAACGGGGAUCUUGUGAUCAUACCAGGGGGAAUGACAAGCCAGCUACAGGUGUUGGACGUAGUUGUGAACAAGCCUUUCAAGGAUAACCUGCGAAAAAAAUACACAGAGUGGCUCCUGUCUGGCAACCACGCACUCACACCGACCGGGAAAAUACAGAAGCCGUCAGUCCGUCUACUGUGUGAAUGGAUCCUGCAUGCAUGGGAUGCUAUUCCCUCACAGAGCAUCAUCGAUGGCUUUAAAAAAUGUUGCAUCUCAAAUGCAUUGGACGGCAGCGAGGACGACGUGCUUUGGGAGGAGCCGGUGGAAGCGGAGCAGCUGGGGAGCGAUGACAGCGAGAGCGAACACAGCGGGGCAGAGGACGUGUGUGAGGGAUAGAGAGACAUCGGAGGAGAAGUUUGGCGAAUUUUUGUUAAGUUUAGUUAAAUGUGUGGCCUGUAUUUUCUCUGUUAUUUAAAAAUGUUGCUUUAUUAUUGCUUGAUAUUAAUUUUGAAUCAUACUGUACAUAGUUUGCCUUUGUGUCAAUUGUUAUCAAAAAAAAUGAAGUAUUUGUUGCAAAAGUAAUCUGUAAUUUGUAUAACAAUUUCAUACUACCUUUCUAUUGGAUUGUUAUCAGAACAGAUGCAAGUAUUUGUGAAAUAAAGUAUUUGAAUUUCUCUACCUAGAUAAAAAAGGUCACAAGUAGGGGCAGCACAUCAGUGGUGUAGUGGAGGUUAAGCGCAUGUAAACGCCGUGUGCACACCUUUCUUAUUUUGCACGAGUGUGCACCCACCUUUUAUGGAAACAUUUAUUGAAACUAAGUAUAGGGAGUGUUACUUUACUCACCUCGAACAACGAUCAGUGUUUACCCACUGUUUUUUUUAACCUCUACAUCACUGCAGCACAUGCUAUAUCAGGAUGCAAUGUGAUUUACCUAGUUUGGCUUAAACUGGAGAUAAAAUGUAUUUUCUUUGUUUUGCAGGUUAGUUAUAGGCCAGUCUACAGCACUCAAUUACUUAAACUUGUCGUCCUGCCGUUACCUUCCAAGAGGUCUGAAGAAACUGUAUCGUGGCCAAGAAGAAAUUCACCAGCUGCUGGACAAAUUAGAGUAAUCUAUUUGUCCAGUUAUUUGUUAAAAGAAUGCCUGCAAAAAGACAGUCUUCAAACCAAUCAUAAAAGUGAAUAUGAAUCCCC